CUGCUUUAGCUAGAAACACCAUGCUGACUGAAGUGGUGGAGAAACUGAAGAAGACCAAACUUCCUGCUGACUGUUACGCUGGAGCUGGAGAUGUGCAGUGUGACGUCUGUACUGGAACAAAAUACAAAGCCGUCAAGUCCUGUCUGAUGUGUCUGAACUCUUACUGAAUCAUCUUGAACAACAUGAGAGUUGGUUUAAAGGAAAGAAACACAAAGUGACUGAUGCCACUGGACGACUGCAGGAGAUGAUCUGCCAGAAACACGAGAAGAUCCUUGAGGUUUUCUGUCGCACUGACCAGAAAUGUAUAUGUGUGCUGUGUACAAUGGAUGAACAUAAAAACCACAACACUGUAUCAGCUGCAGAACAGAGGACAGAGAAACAGAAGCAGCUGAAGGAGACGCAGAAGACGUUCCAGCAGAGAAUCCAGCAGAGAGAGAAAGAUCUUCAGCGGCUGAGAGAGGCUGUGGAGUCUCAUAAGCGCUCUGCACAGACAGCAGUGGAGGACAGUGACAGGAUCUUUACUGAGCUCAUCCGCUCCAUUGAGAGAAGCCGCUCUGAGCUGAUACGACUGAUCAGAGAUCAGGAAAAGCGAGCGGUGAGUCGAGCUGAAGGACGACUGGAGCGACUGGAGCAGGAGAUCAAUGAUCAAUGUUUUAGUUCUGUUGAACAGAGACGAUGGAUCUGCUGGUCGAGAAACAUCUCACACAAACAUGAAGGAGCUCAGAGCGUCACUCCAGUGCGUCUCAACAAACUCCCAUGA